GUUGAUAUUAUAAUUGUGUACAAACUUAAAUAAUUGGCUACAAAUAGACUUUUCACAACUUAUAGAUUUUUUUCUCUUUAAUUUUUUGAAAACCCCUGUUUUAAGCAUUAAACGUAUUAAUUAUUAAUAAUGAAUUAUAUAAAAGAAUUUUAUAUGGCAAAAGCUCAAGGAAAAUUAGAUUCCUUAUAUCAUCACCCUUUAAAAUUAAUCCCUAGAAAGAGAGCAAGAAAAAACUACAAAGAGAAACCAGUGAAAUCAAAUUAAAUGAAGGGAAAUUAAAUGAGAUUUAACAGAGAAAACAGAAAUAGAAAGUUAAAUGAAUACAAUGACAUUAUUACAAAAGUCAUACAAUAUAAUCUAAAAUAGUCAAUUCAAAUUGUAUAUAUGAGCUUAACUGUUUGUGAACCUCCCUCAGCAACCACUAGGGGUCGCACUAUACUUUGUGUUUGUACUUUUCUCUAUAAUGUUGCUUUAGUAUACCUAGUCAAAUAUAUUGUGUUUGACAGCAAACCUGAUUAGUGUAACUUUAAUUUGCCCUCAAACACAGUAUGUUUGACUUUAUAAUAUGAAACAAAAGUAACUUCCUAUUUCUCAAUUUAUUUACUUUUUCCCAUUAAUAGGAGAUGAUAUGACACUGCAAGACCCUGAUUUUAUUAAAGAUUUUAAAGUAACAGUAAGUUACCAUCAAAAGUAAAAAAAUGUAGUGAUGUAAAUGAAUGCUAAAUCUUUUCCAACUUUGAUAUAUCUAUCUAUCAUGAAGUCAGCCAUUUUUUUCACAGCUAUAACCUGUUAACAACAGUAUAUGGCAUCUUAGUAUACAAUACAACCAAUAAAGCAAAGAACAACUAACUCUCAAUUAUAUGUCAUUUAUGAUGACUCUUUAUUAAGGCAGAAUCUUUAUGACAAGAAACACAAGUAAAAUCUUGGUGGUUUUGAACCCAACAAAUAUUUUUUUUUUGACUAUGAUACAUAUGUAAAAAUUAGUAAAAUGUAUUAAUUUAAAUGAGGGAAUGCAAAAUAGACACAAGCAAUCAAUGAAACCAAGAAGACAUCCUUAAUGUAACAAAGAAUAACUUUCAGCAACACCUGUCAGAAUAAAAGUUAAGGACAAGUUUUUUAAAAGGCGGAAAUCCCACUGACACUCAAACACUCUUGACCCACAAGCACCACCAAACAUUCAGAUGUGGGCGACAUGAAGCUUUCUCUUUCUGCACUCGCCAUUGCACUAAGUUGCAUUUAUUGGAAAGUUUCUGGGACACUCGUGGAGGUGGUGGUCAGACCUGGAGAUAAUGCAAUGCUGCAUUGUGACCGUGAGAUUGUGGAUGGACACGACCCCCGCUGGGUCAGGACCUGCUCUUUACAAAUCCAACCACCACUGAUUGUUUCUGCACAUGAUACCAUUACACUCCCAAUUCCUCGAUUCUCACUGCUCCCGAACAAAACUACAAACUCUGUUGACUUGAUGAUAGAAAAUGUCACCGAAGCAGACCUUGGACUGUACUAUUGCUCAAUGGUAGAGAAAAAGAUGAUCGAACAUAACAAAUUAACAUUGCAAACGGAAGUGUAUCAUAUUAGUAAUACUCUUAUUAAGCUUACAUAUGCGGGUCCGAAUAAGUCCGAAAGUUCUGGUUUAUCUGAAACCCACCAUGACACUGUCAAUGACUGUUGGCAAUACUGGCUGAUCCUGCUGACGGUGUGUCCAGCUUGUUGUCUUCUCUCAGUUUCUCUGGGUUUUCUUUGCGGCAAAAGCUGUUAUCAUAGAAAAGUGCUUAAGGAGUCUAGAGGUCUUCCAAACACUUCUGAAAUCCAAAGACAGGAACAGAUCCAGGAACAGGAUGAUAUUGAAGAGGUUUGCUAUACAUCACUGAAUAUGCCCAGACAAGGAAGCAAACCGAAGAGAAGCAAGCGAAUGCCAAGUGCUGACUUCAGUGUGUACAAUGAUAUUAAAACAUCCUAAUAAGUGAUAAAUUACAUUGAUGUAUAAAAAUAAUAGCAUUCA